UUUAGUUAAAAUGAGCUUAAGAGAUAUCACCAACUUCCAGAACCCUAACCAGAGAAAGGAUCAGUAUCUUGAAAAGGACAGCAAGAGAGAACAUGAUAAUUACAAAGUCAAAUUUACAGAAAAGUCGAAAUUUUCCAAAUACUCUCGUAGGAACAGAGGCAAAGGCCAGAAGCCAAUUGAGAAGAGACAAGGAGAAGACAAAUACGCGAAUGUGUCUAAGCCUCUCAAGAACAUCUACGAGAAUGCUAAAGGGAAGAUUGAGGAUGCUAAGAGAUGGGUUAUCAUGAAGAAGCCUUCUCAAAAGAAACCUCCAACUAAAAAGAAGCACAGAACUGUCAUAGAACUCAGAAACAUUUAUGCCCAAUCCCUGAAAUCCUGUGAUAGACGCAAGGUUCAUCAGAUGAAGUACUGAGGAGAAUAUUGAGAGGCUAUCGAGAAGCAAAAUCUCUUCAAAGAAAUGACUAGGUUCAAAGAUGCUUUUGGAGAUGGAUCUAAGAUAGUCAAGAAAAAUUUCAUCACUCAAGAAAAUAGAACAAAUCUAUUGGAUAAUCUAUUUGCCUUCUUUCGUGCUUGACGGAUCUCAGACCUCAAUACUCUGUUCCUCGCAGUUCAAAUUUUGGACAGAUUUAUGUACAAAAUAUUAGUCACAUCAAAAGAGUUAAAACUAGCUGCAUUUGUUAGCUUGGAGAUAGCAGAAAAGUUUGAAGAAAUUUAUCCAGCUACAUUAGCAGAUUAUUUAACAUCCCUUCAGAGCAAGAUAAGCAAAGCAGAUUUUAUUUCAGCUGAGGGGAGAAUUCUACACAAGCUGGAGUAUCAAGAGCUUUGCUGAUAUUGUCCCUCUUGAGAAAGAAACCUUAUCUUCCAAGUUGCUCAAAAUCAUGAAGAUUUUGAAGAGGGUUUGUGAAAGAAUCAUCUCUAAGCCAAACCGCUACAAGUACGCUCUCCAACUCAUGCCAGACAAGAGUGUAAGGAAUGUGUUAAUGUCUGAAUUUGAGAGGCAAAUUAAGCUUUAAUCUUCUCUAAUAAAUAUUAAC